ACCUGAAUGUGCACUGCAACGCACUGACCCCACCCACAGAGAGCCGAUCAUGACCGAAGCUGGCGGCGAUACCGGACGAACCCUAUGUCUUUCAUCGCGCCCCGCGGUGGCUCGAUAGGCCGGGAAAUACACUACGGUAUCUACGAUUGAUAUCCGGAUCGGCGUGCAGGCUGGUUCCCCUAGAGUCCUCGACAUACCAUGAGUGCCUGGGUCACAAUGCCACCCAUCUUCCGGCGCAGGCCAGCUGCUCUCGACGAGUAGCUAUGUCGGUUAAUGACGUAUCCCUCCCCAAUCCUCCUUACGACCUCCCUACCCAGAACGAGAUGGCCUCACCAACAGGCAUCGACUCCUUACCCAACGAGGCAUGUAUCUACCCCCGCAAACCCAGCAGCAACCCACCUAACCAACCCCCCCCUUUCCAGCUCCUCCUAUCCAUCCUCUCCACCCUCCCAACCCGCGCCCUUCCCCGCCUCGCCGCCGUAAGCCGCCGCUUCUACUCCGCCGCCGCGCGCCUCCUGCGCGACCGCCUGUCUCGCGCCGCCCACCUGCCGGGCCACCGCCUGAUUCUCGAGUGCUACCACCCGAGCGUCGCCAUCUCCACCCCGUGGCUGUACUGCGACCACAUCGGGACCGACGAGCCUCCCGUCUCCGGCUCCGCCCAUCCGGAACCGGACCUUCCGGCCCUGGCGCGCCUGUACUCGCACUUCCGCCCCGUCGACCAGGACGACGGCCUGCCCCCGCGCCGCCGCCGCCGCCGCCGGCCGCUGGGGUCGGACGGGUCGGAACACCAGCAGCAGCAGCAGCAACCGCCGUCGCACGAUGUCCACCUCGACGAGAGCGAGCCGUUCACGCAGCUCUGCACCGUCACCAACGUGGUCAGGGUCGGGCCCAGUCGGGCGGGGACGCCGGCGGCGGCGGCGGGGCAGCCGUUCUUGGGCCACGUCAACGUCAGCGACGGCGUGAUCCGUGUGUGGCGGGACUGGCUGGCAACAGCAGCAUCAGCGGCGGCAGAUUCGGAACCGGAGGAGGAAGUCCUGUGGGCGGACGCGGCGCAGGACGUGGGGCUGCGGUUCCGGGUGCGCGAGAUCGAGCCGACGGCGGCGGAGAGGCCGGUGCUUGUCGCGGCCGACGAGGAGGCGCCGGUGUCGUAUCGGCUGGAGCACCGCGAGCUGCUAGUGCGGACGCGCCGCCUGCUGCUUGUGAUGGAGGAGGAGGAGGAGAGGCGGCCUGCCAUGGGCAAUGCGCUUGUGAUCAUCGUCGGCUAAAAUGGGAGCUGGCUCCUGCGUCCUGGGUUUGUGUUUGUGUUUAUGUUUGCGUUGCAUUUCACGAGCACAGGCGGUCAUUUUAGCCGCAGGAGGAUCUGGUGAUCGGGGUUCAAAGGCAUGCUCUGCUCACGAUGAAAACAUGUUUCGGCGUUUUACCGACGAUCCCGAUCCGUCUGUUUUGAUGCAGG